AUGCGCUUUUUCCGCGGGGAGCAAACGACUCCCCGGAAAAACAUACAACUACGCACAAGACAAUCGCUCUUUUCCACCAACAAUAAAAAGGCUCAACAAGAUGCCGAAAUAGUCGCGCAACUAGCCGCCACUUUCGACGACACAUACGACCAGCAAACCCCCUCUGCUCAAGACCCCCCAGCAGCUAAGACCGCUGCACGACAAGAGGCACCCCCUGACCAACCCACCAACUUGUGCAGAAAGCCGGAAGUCGGCAAGGUUGCUAAAGACGUCCAGAAGAAACGACCCCAAAGUCAGUACCUGGAGGGCCUCCUCCGCGUUGCGAAGCUCAGACAUGCCGAACGAGAAGCUAUCAAGGAGGCAAUGGUACAGAAGGAAAGAGAGGACGAAGACCCCUCACUCAAAGAGAAACCCGUCUACGUAACCAAAGGCUACAUGAGACGUCUGAAAGAGAGGGAAGCAGCUAUACACGAGCUCCAAGCUGGCUCGAGUAACACACAUAAGUAG